UUUAUCAAUAAUGAAAAAUAUAAUUAUCUCUUAUCGAGAGAUUACAAAAUAUUUUAUGUUAAAUUAAAUAUUUACUAGUUUAUUAAUAAAAUUUUCAAACUGCUAAUGGAUAAAGGAAAAAAGUGUGAUAACAAAAGUCCUAUUUCAGGGGAUCCAGAAGUAACUGCUGUAUCUCGAUCAGGACGUAUUAUUAAAAAAUCUACAAAACUACUUGAUUUUGAAUCAUCAGACUUGAAUGAAGAGAAGAAAACGCCUAGACAAAAUAUUAAACGCCAGUUAACUUCCCAAGAAUCACAUGAUCAGUUUAUUGAUGAUGAUAAUACAAUGGAGUUUUUAGAAGAUCAACCAACUGAUAGUAGUGAAUGGACUGUGGACACUAAAGUGUAUGAAUGCAAUGAACCAAGUGGAACUUCUGUUUCCAUAGGAGAACAUAAUCAAUUUAUGUAUGCAUUAAAAAAUUUAAAUAUGAAAGAACCUGGGUUUGUUGCAUAUGCUCUAUGGGCAAAAGAAGUUCGUAAAACAUUAAUGAAUGCUUAUCCCAAUUACAGUAAUUUUCAAAUUAAUCAGCAGUUACGAGAUAUGUGGAAAUCUGUUCCAACUGAAGACAAAAGUCGUUGGGUGCGUAAAGCAAAGCGAAUUUUAGAACAUGAAGGUAUAAUUGUUGAAAACUCUAAUAAUUCUAAAGUUGAAGUUAAGAAAAAAGAUGUAAAUACUUCCGAUAGUCUUAUUGAGAUGAAGAAUAAAAAUAAAAUAGAUUCUUUAAAACCAACUCAACCUAUUGAUGUCGCUGCUCAUUUAGCGUUACUUGGUGAAUCAUUAGGUAUCAUUGGUCAACGUUUAAAAGAGCAUCAAGGACAAAUAGCUGUAAAUGGAAGUGUUUCGGUACUUCUUGAUUCAUUGUUAUGUGCUUUGGGUCCUCUGCUUUGUCUUACUCAGCAAGUAAAAGAAAUAAAUGUAAAUUCACAAGAUACUAUGUCAAAAAUAAUGGAUGACAUUGCUUACAUAAUGCCAGGAUUAUAAAAUGAGUUUUUAAACCAUGAAAUAGAUAAAAAAAAGUUGAACAUUUCCCCUAUUUACAUAUUAAAUUCAAAAUUUAAUUGUGAUGUUUUAUGUUAUAUUUAAUUAUAUGUGUAUAUAUUAAAUUCAAUACAAAAUUCAAGUUAUUUUUAUUCAAGUCUACUUAAUACUGUAGAUUGUAAUUUAUGUAAUAUGUGUAGCAAUACUGAAUUAUUUAUAUUGAAGUUAUAUUUUAUAUUGUUUAGCAAAAUAAAAAUUAUUCAUUGUGACUUAUUCGAACAAUAAUUUGUAA